GGCGUGGUCUCCGGGAUCGCCCGGUGGUUGUGUCCGGGUAAGAUGGCGUUGGAAGAGCAGUGCUCGGCGCCACCUCGAUGGCGUUCCAUAUCGCUAACACACGUCGAAUUCGCCGAGGAUGACCUGACGGGACACCUGCUGGCCUACGUCAGCCUCCUGCCCAUCGCCAUCCUGGUGGGCUUCGUUACGCUCAUCGUGUUCAAGCGGGAGCUGCACACGAUUUCCUUCUUUGGUGGCCUCACUCUCAACGAGGGCGUCAACUGGAUGCUCAAGCACAUCCUCCGAGAGCCGCGCCCUUGUGCAGGGGCUCACUCCAACCUGAGCACGGAUUAUGGGAUGCCGUCCAGUCAUUCCCAGCUCAUCUGGUUCUUUGUUGUUUACUUCUUUCUUUUCCUUUAUUUAAGAAUGCAUCAGACCAACAACGCUCGGUGCGUAGACCUGCUGUGGCGACACGUCCUGUCCGUCGUCCUGCUGGGCGCGGCUUUAGCCGUCUCGUACAGCAGGGUGCACUUGCUGUACCACACGUGGAGCCAGGUGGUCUACGGCGGCGUGGCGGGAAGCGCCAUCGGUAUGGUCUGGUUCUACAUCACGCAGGAGCUCCUCACCCCGUUGUUCCCCAAAAUAGCAGCAUGGCCCGUGUCGGAAUACUUCCUGGUGCGCGACACCAGCCUGAUUCCCAACAUCUUGUGGUUCGAGUACACGGUGACGCGCUCGGAGGCCAGAAACAGACAACGAAAGCUGGGAACAAAGCUCCAGUGAGCCCCUCGCGCGCAUUUUACAGGGGGGGAAAAAAAAAAAAACAAAAACACAACACUGGCAGACUUUUUGGACUCGGCUCACCGGGUAGAACAUUUUUUUUUUUUUUAUAAAGAGGGAGGGGUCGGCGGUGAGCUCGUACAAACGCCCUUGCUUGUCGACACGUCCGCUCGCGUAAACUCAAACUCUCGUCCUUGCACGGCUCCUCCAUGCAUGCGGCGCUGUGCAAGAGGCCAAACAAUUUCGACGACAGAUGUAAUAUUUCAAGCAAACGCACGCCGACGGGCAACCCCCCCGGACAAAUUGUCAUACCAGUCUCACUGCAGCAUGUUUGUUUUUUUUUUUUUUAUUUUUUUUCUACUCCAUAUUUUGACAGAGGCCGGAAUUUUGAUGAACGUCAGACAUUUGUGCUGUUUUGGGUGGGUGGGGGGGGGGGCAACAAAUUAAUAAUGAGCUACUUAAACAGUUAAUAACCAUCCUUACGCUUUUCGGCAGUUGUCUCAGUCCUGCUGUAUUGCACGAUGGCAGGGGGGGGGGGGGGCGUUUACGACACAAUUUACGAUGGAAUUUCCUUCGGACGGUGGUGAUGUGAGCCAAAGUAACGUUGUGAUCAUAGUUGUCUGAAAAAAACGCGAUGCACAGUGACACCCGUUUAUCGCAGGGUUAGAAUUUCUAAAUUGGUGAGCAGCCGCCAUCUUUUUAAUUUUAUAGUUUUUACUUUAAACGUAUUUAAACUCAUUAAAAAAAAACACUUCCGACCUUUAAACUAAUGAAAACACACAUUUUAAAGAAUUGCAUAAGAACCUGCUGCAGCUGCACUCGUCACCUUCCGUAUCUGAGAGAUUAUUGUAUGACAUCGUUUUGAGGAAAGGAAAGGACUCUCACAGUUCACCGAAUAAGAGGUCAGGAGUGCUUGCUUCAAGCGGUUUUCACUCCCAAUUCAAGUUUACUGUCAAAUUAAAAAAACGACACAAUUAAACAAAAAUGUAAUUUUGUCGAACGUAAGCCUCUUAGCUCAAGUAUAAAACAAUCCGAAAUGCCAUAGACAGGCUAACGGUAAGUAGCGUAAGUGUUGAUUGUAAACCUUCAAGCUAAUUUCACUUCCGUGGAGCACCAACGCAUACAAACAACAACACCCACGAGCAUAUCGUCUAUUUUCCUUUGGAGCGACUAAUAAUUUUGCAUAUUCUGCAGUCGACCUCAGUGCUGCAAUGCUGUGCGGCGCAACGCGGAACCGCACCUAAGGCCAAAUUUGGACGUUGCGGGGGAGUGUGUUGAAACUGCCAAGUUGGUAUUGCAAAUCUUUUUUCACUUGCCUUACGGGGAUAAAUCAUUUUUUUUAAAAAAUGUGUAAACUGACCGCAGGCUCGUAUUUGAGAGGUUCAACGCAGCCUUUUUUUUUUUUUAGUCUUUGUUUUCGGGGAUUGCUUCUGACGCUAGCAGGUCGAAUGCCUGCUCUGUGGGGUUUAAGUCGGGGGUGGGGGGGGUCAGUUGUUGUCUGAAAGCGGCGAGAUUGUCCUAAACGUGGGACCCCGCUGCGGUCGCCGUCUUUUACUACUCAUCACCUGGGGGCAAUUUUAAGAAAUCUUUCAUAUCAUCAUACUUUCUGGACUUUGGCAGUCACAGAAAUAAUAAUUUUUGCACACACUUUUCAAUAUAUCGGCUGACAUUUGUUGACUUGUUACUUUUUAAUACAAGGAACGAAAUGCGCGUGUAUGACUGUGAUUUUCAAUAUCACGGAAAAUGUUUUUUUUUUUUUUUGUUUCAGUGGUUCGAUUCAAAAAGGGACACUCGUAUAUUAUAUAAAGACACACUUUUAAAAAAAAUUUUGGUUAUCGCUUGCAACUAACAAAAGUGAAACAUUUUCUAACGAAAGUAAUUCAAAUGUAAGAAAUGUUCAAAAUGUUUUUUUGUUUUUUUUUUUCAUAUGGAAAUUGUCCUGGAAAGUAUUUCCCAUGUGUUUUAUGAAUGUCAAAAGUUUCAAUUUUGAAACUGCCAAAAUUAUAAAAAAAAAUGAAAUCAUGUCUGAUUGGUUGCGAUGCACCUGAAUUGCAAAUGAUAUGAUUCAUAAUCAGCAUCUUUCACUUCCUUUCUUUGAGAAAUAUGGCAGAUGAAUUUAUUUCCUUUCCACUUCCUGGAACUUUGUCCCAUUUGCUCUUCUUGAAGGUUUUUUUUUUUUUUUUUUUUUUUUUUGGUGUAUAAAUUCACGUUUACAGAAAAGCAGGUCAUUUGUGGACCAAGAUUUUUUUUUUUUUUUUUUUUUUUAAUUUUUUGUGACUCAUUCACACGGUAGCAGCCCGGGAAAAGAAAUUGGGCACUUUUUUUUUUUUUUGGUAAUAUUUCCAAGACAACAUUCCUAUCUUUUGAACGAGCGGGCUUGCAUCAUGACUGCCGAAGUACGUUUCCUUGUUUUUUUUUUUUUGGUCAUCAUUUUUGCAGAAGGGGGGGGGAUAAAAACAAAUUUCCAAAAAGUACAUCAAGGUGGUGGUGGCACGUGAUGUGAAAUUUCACCAAUGAAUCAAAAAGGGAAGUUGAAUUUUGUUUUCCUUUGUGUUGUCUACGACGAGCUGAAUAAAUGUUUAUUUACAAAAGCGAUGUUGCAUUCAAAUGAGCUGACUCGCCUUUUCGAACUUGACGUUGGGGUGCAGGUUCUGGUUAUGACGUCAUAAUCAGGACUUUACAGCACCUUCAUUGCGCCAAUUUUUUUUUCUUCUGUCGUGAAGCUGAAGCUCGCUGUUAAUUCCAAUUUUAGUGUGGAACAUUAAAAAAAAAAAAUGUCUCACCACUGGAAAAAUUGUAACUGAAGACACUUUUAAGUCAAGGUGUCGGAGUAUAAAAAUGAUGACUUCUGCGUGUGCACGUUUACAUACAGAAUUAAAA